CUAAACAUAAACUUAUUGACGACUGGACAUAACAAUUCGCUUAGAGUUGCUGGGAUCAAGUAAACAAAGGUUAACCUCGCCUGAGGUUUUUAUUUAUCUACUAUGGAUUUGAAAACUCAUGAAAUUCAUUCAGGUCAUUUUAUGGUUAGCAUUCUUGAAGAUUCUGAGGAUGAGACAGAACAUUCGAAUGAUGUAUUCACUCAAAACGUCACUACAUGCAGCUCCAAAGAUAACAGUAAUCAGUCAACUAUUAAGGAUAAAAACAGACUGAUUUUUGAGAACUUAGCUUCUCUUUUCAAGUAUUUGGAGAUCGCUUAUAGUGGAAAGCUGACGAGCCCGAAAUGGGACAAAUUUCGUGGACUAAGAUUUGCAAUAAAAAAUAAAAUCCGACUCAACAACAUAGUUUGGAGAGAAUACCACAUGCAAUAUGUCAAAAAAUUAAAGCCAGUUGUUGUUCAAUUCCAGACACCUGUAUAUGAAGAUCAUUCUAAAACUGAAGCAGUUAUAUUAGAAGGAAAAUAUUGGAAAAGGCGCGUAAGUACUUUGUGUAAAGAGUAUCGCCUUUGGAGAGCAUUUGCCAAAAACAGGAUAUACAGUUCUCAAAACAGACAAAUUAUACAAUGUGCCAAUGAACUACUCGAAGGGUCGGAUCUAUAUCCUUAUCAAUUUAGUGAUCUAUCAAAGAAUACGUCUUCAAAACUUAUGGAGGAAAUAAUGAUGGACAUAGAUGAGAAUCUGGAUUUGUUUUUUGAUCAACCUAUAACAUUUCCAAAUCGACGAGAUUUACCUAUCUUGGGAAACGCUGAUAUAAUGCAACCAGGUUUGCAACAACUCCAACCCGAUAGAAGUUCAUGCGACGACAUAUCGUGUAAUAUUUUUCAGUCUAUUGACCCCAAUUCGACAUUUCAAUGUAGUUCUUCUGAUGCACAUUCGUGUGAAUAUGCAUGGUCUAGCUCGUACUACCCAUUUAACAAAUAUAUGUGUGAAGCAACAUUUUCAAACAUAACUACACCUCUUCCAGAGACCAAACAAAAUUGUAACCUACCUCUUGUUGAACGUCUUAGCGUAGUAGAUUCGUCUUCCCAAAUCUGCUCAUCAUUUUUGUCAGGUAAUCGUAAAUCUGGUCUUUUGGAUUUGGCUACUACCAGUAGUGAAGGGUGUGGACCUUAUUUAAAUAACAGUGUUAGUGAAACAGAUUACCAUGGUCUCCAUCCUUAUCGACCAUCGUUUCCUGUGUCUCAGAAGCGCUACUUCCAACAUCAACCCAGAGUUGCUGGUCAGCACCAAAGCAGCAACCAUUCUGUUAGCAUGGAAUCAAAUUAUGGAUUAACUACAGGUUCAAUACACACAAAAGGUCACGUGGCUGAACCCAUAAAAUCGUUUGGUUAUCGUGUAGAAUCGAAUAAAGAAAAAAGCAAUCAUACAAACAAAUCUGCUCUUCUAAAUGCCUUACUGCGUGGUAGUAGCAUUGGUCAAAAUUUGAACUCGCCCAGUGAUUGCAUGGACACUAGUGCAUUUCAGGAAACUUCGAAGUGUUCGUCUCCCUUACUUUGUAAUGCUCUAAGCAAUUCGGGAAACUGCUUUGAUAGUUCAUCCAACAAACACCUAAUCCACCUCAACGAUUCAUCAAAUAAGUCAGUUCAGGUCGAAAAAGGCCCCAAUCUUCUUACAAAUACAAAAGGGUUAUCAGAUUCUUACGCUCAUCCUAGUUAUUCAUACAAUGAUCAUUCAUCCAUUAAUUCAAUAAAUACAGUACAGAAUGUUGACAUCCCCAGGAUUAACUCGUUGAAUGUUGCGGAUAGUAUAUCAGCUCCAGUGGAUAACUAUGGGGUGUCUGGUGACUGUUCCGUAACUCAGAACCAUGAGCCUGAUCUGUCUGUUUUGACACCAACUGUAUCUCGAGCAGAUGGUUCAUCUUUUCUAAUCUCUCAUAAUCUUUUGGUAAAAAAUUGCAGGACGGAAUCUAUUGGCUUCGGUGUUACUGACCUUUUAAUGCGAGGUUCCAAUAAUUACUUCAAUAAAACUGAAGUGAUUUCUCAACAAAGCUCAGUUGAUUCACAUAAGUCUCUUGGUCUACCGCUAGAACGAAAAAAUUCAAACGUACAAACUUUGGAUCCAAACGGUUCUGCCGUACAAAGUACACAGGGAAACCCAAGUUAUUUGGUUGAUGUCAGCGCUGUUCCUUCUCAGAAUUCACAAGACUCCAUCCUUAUUUUCAAGGGAAAUAACGGGCUUUCUACACCAAUCCAUGGAAGUCUUUCUGUUUCAUCGAAUACAGGUUUUAAUUUCUCUAGUCGUAAUUCUGGUCCGUGCACAAUCCCUAGUAGUUCACUUUCAGAAUCGAAUAUGUUUGCUCUACCAAGUAAUGAACUUAGGAAUGCAUACACAGAAGAUUCUAAUUCUGAGCUGGAAACUUUGGUACCUGGAAGUUGGACUGAACCACAGAUUUUUCCGCAUGCAAUCAAUAUUUCACUAAAUGAUAUGGAUCAACUUCCUAAAGCGUCAGUCACAAGUGAUAAAUGUUUAAACGUAUCUAAGAUUAUCGAAAGUAAUCCAUCGAUGCUUGGACGUUCCAGUUCAGCUGGGAAUUUAUUCUCACUUCAACAUAAUCAAAUUCCUAGUUGUUCGAUACAGGGUUCAGCAACUACUACAUCGAGUUUUGGAAGUACAGAGAUUUUAUCUCCAAUGUUUUCUAACCAUAAAGGAUUUCUGUAUGCUACUUCACCAUCGUGUUCUCCACCUUCGGUUUCAGAACAAAAUGAUCAACAAGCUAAACAUAUUCUAGGUAAUUCCUCUGAAGAACGACGACGUCAAUCCAUGCAGUCUGGUUUACAAACUUUACGACAACUGUUAAAAUUACACUCCAAUUUAGAUAAUCUUGGUGGUAGUAACCGUCUGACAGCUCGCAGACAUCUUAGCAAUCUAGAAAUGCCUUCCAUAUCUGGGACUUAUUCAUUUGGGGAUACAGAUAUGCCUAGUGAAAUGCUUAGCGUUGGAUUACGUCCAUCAAAUGGGUUGGAUUUUACAUCUGAUGAACAAAUGAUGUCUUCAGGAACCGAAGUUGGUGGUACUGCUCGAGCAUCUAAAGCUGCAACAUUAAGAAGUGCUGCAGAACUAAUAAGAAAAUUAAGAGAUGAGAGAAAUGUAUUAGAAACACAAUGUACAAAUCUUAAGGGCGAAGUAAAAGCUUUGAAAAGUGCAAUUAACCUUUUUUGUGAAAAAUUGCCCCCCUCCAAUUCAUCAUCUACAAGGUCAAUAUCAGAUCAAAAUUUAAAUUCUUACUAUUCUGAAUGGUUUCGUGCAUAUGUGCUGAAACAAACUGAAGUUAAUUGGAAAUUUUAUAUAUUUAGUUUAAUAAUUGGUAGAAUUUUCAAGUCUUAUUGUAAUACAACAAUUUCAAGUUCACGUGAUCAAUUUAUCCGAUCUGUAUAUGGUUGGUUAGAUGCUAAUUGUUCCCUGGUACAACUAAGACCUGUGAAAUAACGACUCGUGUUUUAUCCUGUUAGUCGCCGUCCAACAUAUGGUAAAUAUGUAACUAGAGGCGCUAUCAAGGUAUUCGCCCAAGUAAUACAUAUAACAGCUGACACUGGUCAGAUGCAGCCUUGAACAUGAACAGUUGCAAAAUAUAAAACCGUAAAAUUUAAUAGUAAUGAGUAAAUUAUGUAGCAGAUCAGAACGCGCUACUGAACUGUACACAAAACUCUUGGUGACAAUUGAUAUUUAUUAAACUGUAAUGCAAGCUUUAUGCACUCUUGGGAAAACAACUUCUGUUUUACAAGAACCGAACAAAUUACCUGAACAAUCUAGAUCAUUGUCUAUCACGAAUUUAUUUUGAAACUGUAUAAAAAAAAUGCUGUAAUUAUAAAAUCUAUCGGUUUUCCCCCCUUUUUUUAUACUAUGGAUCAAUAGAUAACUACAUUUCACUUGUAUUUCAACGCUCCAAACAAUCCAUUUUAGCGUGCGUUUAUUUUGUUCUAGUUAUUAUUUUCUGUUAUUGAUAACCAUUCAUCUUUUUUCUUUUCUUCUAACAUAAUUAUCACUAGUGAUUCUUUCAUUUUUCUAUUUGAAUCAAUCAGACAAAUAUGAAAACAAAAUCAGAUCUGUUUUUUGUUUUUGCCAUUCUAGUCAAUAUGUGAUUAUUUUCCCUUUCAUAACUAAGUAUAUAUAUUUUUUCUGUUUCCGUAUUACUAUUCCGCGUUCUUCUUUUCAUUUACUAUUAAUGGAUUAAGAUAUACACGUAUAUUUUUCUAUAAAAGAGUUGUGGUAAAUUGAAAUUUAGUUUACCGCCUUAUAUGUACUGUAGUUCUAUUUGGUGAUUGAAUGACAUCGAAUACCACCUUACUUACUUACUGUUGGCUAACCAGCUAACUGCCGAAAUCUAUACCCUCUGUAUGUAGAAUCUAUUUUUGCUUAGAAUUAUUUUUGUUCUUAGAAUAUUUUAUUUCGUAUUUCUGUUCAUUAUAUUUUUUAAGCUAAUCAUUUUACUUAUCUAAUUCCAAUCCUUUCCAAAUGUAUCCGUCCAUCUUUACACACUAGAUAUUACACAAUAAUAUUUACAUGCCUAUAUUGUUUUUUUUUUGGUGAGUACACAAUUUCAUGUUAUUGUUUUAUUUGUAAUUUCUUAAUUGAUCACGUGACUAACACUUUAUAUGAUGUAAUUAACUAUGAUAUGAUGUUGUUGUAGGUUCAGCCUGUUUGGACAUUGCUUGUCAUAAGAAGUCGAUUUAAAUAUCCUUUUUCUUUCUUAUCUACAUGUGUUUCAUUUGUUUCUGGUUCGUCUGACUUUAUUUAUAUUUUUAUUGCUUUUUUGUAUUUUCUUUUGGCGUAUGAACGAACAACUGUUUUUGGACAUUGCGAUGUGGUUUUACUUCUUUAUCUGCUUAUCUAUCUAGCUAUCUAUCACUUUCCCUAAUCAGAUCAUUAGUUUUUUUUUAUUUUACAGAAAAUUAUUUUAGUUAUUUAUUUAAAAACGAAAUUCCUCGUCCUAAUCCAACCAGAUAUUACUGUGUCUGUAUUUUUUUAAAGUUCCCUUUAACUUACAUUACUUUAUAUUUGUUUCUUGGUACUUUUCUUUUGUCACCUUUCUACUAAUAUAUUUAUGAUAAAAAAGGAAGUAUACUUACACGAUUAUUUUAGAUUAUCUAGGCUUGUAUAAUCUAUUUGAUGCAAUAAUUUCGUAAUUUUUGUUUCUGUUGUACAUCAUCUUUUGAAAUAUAGAAUAAUAAAAAGAAAAGAACAAUACUCGAUCUAU